AUUUUAUUUAGAAAAAAACUAACAUGAAAUGUACAUUUUAAUUAUCAUUUAAAUAUGUUUACCAUACCUUCAAAAUUAUUGUGCAGAAGAACAUUUCAGAAAUAUGGAAAAUGCUUUUUCUCAGAAAAAAGUAAUAAAAAUACCUUUAAAAAUAAAAUUUUUAAUCAAAGUAAACAUUUAAAGUAUUUAGCAGCUUCUGGUGCUUUAGCAAUACUCACAUCAAUGUAUAUCAACAAAUAUAAAAAAAGAAAUAAAAAUAUGAUGCUACUAGGUAAUGAUAUGGAACUAGCAAUACUUAAAGAAAAGGAAGAACCAUCUAUAAGAAAUCAGUUUAAUUUUAUUGACAAGGUCGUAAAAAAAUGUGCUUCGGCCGUAUUUUAUCUGGAAAUACGCGACCCCAUGAAAAAAGACCCGGAAACCGGCGAACCGGCUGUAACUUCAAACGGUUCUGGGUUUAUCAUAAGUGAAGAUGGAUGGGCGAUCACUAAUGCUCAUGUCGUACUCAACAAGCCGCAAUCGACGAUCUCGGCCAUUUUUAGGGAUGGCCGUAGUUUUCCCGUGCAAGUCGAGGAUGCGGACCUAAACAUUGAUUUGGCACUGUUAAAAUUGAAAACUGAUGAAAAGUUGCCGCAACUCCAGUUCGCCCGAUCCGGAGACACAUCGGUCGGAGAGUGGGUCGUCGCUUUGGGAAGCCCGCUGAACAUGUUUGUAAAGAGUUGUAGCUGCGUGGUUAGGUUUGCCUGUGGUGUUUGUGUUUCCAUAACCGCUUGUGCGUAUGUUGUUGAGAGUUUGGCUGGCCUGUGUUGUGUGUUGUUGUCUCUUGAUAAUUUGGGGAAUUUGUCGCAGCCUCUGUAG